AGGGGAGCCGGUGGAGGGGGGAGGAGGGAGCGAGGGGAGAGCAGUGGUGGUGGUGGUGGCGGCGGCGGCUGCGCCGGGCUGUGUAUCUCUCGCCGCCGGAGGAAGAUGAGGUUGAAGAUCGGCUUCAUCUUACGCAGUUUGCUGGUGGUGGGCAGCUUCCUGGGGCUGGUCGUCCUCUGGUCCUCCCUGUCCCCGCGGCCCGACGAGCCGAGCCCGCUGAGCCGGAUGAGGGAAGACAGAGAUGUCAAUAACCCCAUGCCUAACCGAGGAGGCCAUGGAAUAGCUCCUGGGGAGGACAGAUUCAAACCUGUGGUACCAUGGCCUCAUGUUGAAGGAAUAGAAGUGGACUUAGAGUCUAUUAGAAGAAAAAACAAGGACAAAAAUGAACAAGAGCGUCAUGCUGGAGGAGAUAACCAGAAAGACAUAAUGCAGAGGCAAUACCUCACAUUUAAGCCUCAAACGUUCACCUACCAUGAUCCUGUGCUCCGCCCAGGGAUCCUCGGUAACUUUGAACCCAAAGAACCUGAGCCUCAAGGAGUGGUUGGUGGCCCUGGAGAGAAAGCCAAGCCUUUGGUUUUGGGACCAGAAUUCAAAAAUGCAGUUCAAGCCAGCAUUAAAGAGUUUGGAUUUAACAUGGUGGCAAGUGAUAUGAUCUCACUGGAUCGCAGCGUCAAUGACUUACGGCAAGAAGAAUGCAAGUAUUGGCAUUAUGAUGAGAACCUGCUCACUUCCAGUGUUGUCAUUGUCUUCCAUAAUGAAGGAUGGUCAACCCUCAUGAGGACAGUCCACAGUGUAAUAAAAAGGACUCCAAGGAAAUACUUAGCAGAAAUCGUUUUAAUUGAUGAUUUCAGUAGUAAAGAACACCUAAAAGAAAAGCUAGAUGACUAUAUUAAGCUCUGGAAUGGCCUUGUAAAGGUAUUUCGAAAUGAAAGGAGAGAAGGUUUAAUUCAAGCACGAAGUAUCGGUGCCCAGAAGGCUAAACUUGGACAGGUUUUGAUAUACCUUGAUGCCCACUGUGAGGUGGCAGUUAACUGGUAUGCACCACUUGUAGCUCCCAUAUCUAAGGACAGAACUACAUGUACUGUGCCUCUAAUAGAUUACAUAGAUGGGAAUGACUAUUCCAUUGAACCACAGCAAGGUGGGGAUGAAGAUGGCUUUGCCAGAGGGGCCUGGGACUGGAGUUUACUAUGGAAACGUAUUCCUCUAAGCUACAAGGAAAAGGCCAAAAGAAAGCAUAAAACUGAACCUUAUCGGUCCCCUGCUAUGGCUGGCGGAUUGUUUGCCAUUGAACGAGAUUUCUUCUUUGAACUGGGUCUUUACGAUCCAGGCCUCCAGAUCUGGGGUGGUGAAAACUUUGAGAUCUCAUACAAGAUAUGGCAGUGUGGUGGGAAAUUACUGUUUGUUCCCUGUUCCCGUGUUGGACACAUCUACCGUCUUGAGGGCUGGCAAGGGAAUCCUCCACCCAUUUAUGUUGGGUCUUCUCCAACUCUAAAGAAUUAUGUUAGAGUGAUAGAGGUUUGGUGGGAUGAAUAUAAAGACUACUUCUACGCUAGUCGUCCUGAGUCAAAGGCGUUAGCAUAUGGCGAUAUAUCUGAGCUGAAAAAAUUCCGAGAAGAUCACAACUGUAAAAGUUUCAAAUGGUUCAUGGAAGAAAUAGCUUAUGAUAUCACUUCACACUACCCUUUACCACCCAAAAAUGUUGAAUGGGGAGAAAUCAGAGGCUUUGAAACUGCUUACUGCAUUGAUAGCAUGGGAAAAACAAACGGUGGCCUUGUUGAACUAGGACCCUGUCACAGGAUGGGAGGCAAUCAGCUUUUCCGAAUCAACGAAGCUAAUCAGCUUAUGCAGUAUGACCAGUGUUUGACCAAAGGGCCUGAUGGUUCGAAAAUUAUGAUUACACACUGCAAUCUAAAUGAAUUUAAGGAAUGGCAAUACUUCAAGAACUUGCACAGAUUUACUCAUAUACCAUCAGGAAAGUGCUUAGAUCGCUCAGAUGUCCUUCACCAAGUCUUCAUCUCCAAUUGUGACUCCAGUAAAAUGACUCAAAAUUGGGAAAUGAAUAACAUCCACAGUGUCUAGAAAGAAGAAACCAAUACCUACCUACUGACACAAAAGUUUAUACAGGACUGAAAAAUCGCCUGAAACCUGCUGCAACUAUUAUUAACUCUGUACAGCUCCAAACCCAGAACCUCCUGAUCAGUUCGAAGGACACUGAUAAACUGUGAUUUUUACAAUAACAUUAUCAUCUGCAGUUACUGUUUACAAAACUGCUUUUACCUUAAACUUUGUAGAUGUUUACAUCUUUUUUGUUUUGUUUUGUUUUAAGAUGAUGUUGGUAAUUUGUGCACUUAGCACUGUUUUAUUAGAAUAGAGUUAAAGGUGUUGUCUUCUUUGGGAUUACACUCAGGGGUCUGAAAGGCAGUUUGAUUUUUUUUUUUUUAACACACUUGAAAAAAGGUUGUGGAGUAACCAGAUUUCAUAUAUUACUUGGUGAUUGUCAACCUCUUGUAUCUUUAUUUAAUUUUACAUCUUUUUGAAGCACUGCCACAGGUUAUUAGCCAUGGUGGCCUUCCUUCACAGUCAUGCUGCUUUUUUGAAAGGUGAAUUUCAACACAUUUAGUGCCUCUUUCAUUUCUCAGUAUAUAUUUCAAGAGCUUUUGAUGAAAUUUAUAGGGUGGUAAUGAUAGAAUCGUCACCUGUAUGAGGAAUACCUUUACUACUUAGUAAUGAAACUUAUCUGCUACCAUUUGUUCUGAAAUUGAAUGUUGUAAGGCUUGAAAAAGAAAUGGCAAUAUGCAACACCCCAAAGCUAUUCCAUAGGGAUAGAAGAUCAUGUGGCAUUAACACCCUUAUCUGCUGGCUUUCCUGGUGCCCUUGGUUCGUACAGCUCCUAAUAUAGCAGAAGGGUCUACCAACUAGAGGAAAUUGUCCACUGUCAUUUAUAAUUUAUUUUCUCCUCAGUACCUGUCACUAAAGAAAACUAUGUGAUUCUCAGUCUGAAACCUUGAUAUGAGUUAACAAAAAUAACAAAACACCAUUGCAAACACAUCAAAGGUUCAUUCUAAGGUACAAAUUUCCAUGUCCUUGUUUAGACUAAGCCUAACAAAACUCCUGGCAUUAUAACCUAAGAUGUGCAACCUAGGAAGCCAAGAGUGAAUGGAUGAAUGUUUUACUUCUAUCUUCACUCCAAUGAAAUUCUCUGCAUUUUUAAAUUUAAAAAAAAAACUAAGCUCCAGUUAUAAACUACUUUUUGUUAGUUUGGUGUUAGUUCCCUAGUGUUUCUUAGGCGUUUUUCAGUAUGCAUAUUUCUAUUGACUUUUUUUCAUAAGAAGUCUUGUUAACUUCUAUGUUUGUUAGCACAAUACCUUAACAGAAACAACCAAAUACUGCAAGUGAUCAGCUAGAUUUUAAUUUUUAAGUAAAGCCUUUUAUUACUGAAAAGAUUUAAACUCUAUGUUGAGAGCAAAAAAAUGUGAUGAUAUGGGGAAUGGCAAGUAGAUUAAUCAGUUUUGAUCUUGUAAUCAUGUUAUCAAUGAAAGGAAUCUCAAACUACUGGUAGAAGGAAAUAUUUUUAAUUAAAGCUUAAAAUGAAAAAAGACAAGAAACCACAUUUGUUUAAAAGAAAAGCCUACAAAUGUGCUUCUUCUAAGCUCAGCUCUUAAAUUUGAAGAAACAAAAUUAAACACCACAAAUAGAGUUUAAAUAUAAUUUGAAUUGUCAGUUUGUAUUUUGCUGUUGAUCUGUGAUCAACCAUUUUAACUUUCAUUCAACUCUAGGGAUGUUUAAAAAAAAGGAAUACAUUUAUACGCUUCUAUAAAUGCAAAAUAAAUCAACUAUGAAAAGAAAUUGGUACUUUAAUUUGUUGUGUUUUCAGAUGGCUCUGUUUUUCUUUUUGAAUAGAUUAUAACCUUGUUAACUAUGCAUUGUCUUAAGAACGGUGGCACAUAAACUGUGCAUGUAAAUUUUAAAUGGAUAUUUUGUGCAAUUCAAUAAGAUACUCUAUGAAAAUGAUCUAUAUAUUGAAAUUGGAAAACGUAACAAACACAAAACACAUCAGAAGCUGCUGCCAUAACUAUUUUCUACUGUAGGCUGCUUUGAAAAUAAUUCCCAUAUACUUGCUUUGUAAGUUGAUAAUAUCACUAUGCAUUUAUACACAUUUUAUAAAUAUGAUUUAUGCAGAUUUUGAUACACUGUAUGUUUCUGUAGAAAUUGUAUAAAUAUUAAAGUUUUAUUAGGGAUCAAUUUGAGACAUUUAUGUAUAUCUUAAAUCUGGGUUGCUUGUUUUUUAGGUGAGAAAAAAAUAAAAUACUGUAUUUUAAUCCA